AUGAGCUUCCUUGUUGGUCGCCGUUUGAACUGGGCCAUCACGGCCGUCGCAGGUUCUGGUUUCCUGCUAUUUGGGUAUGACCAGGGUGUGAUGUCCGGCCUUCUCACUGGCACCGCCUUUACAAAGACUUUUCCGGAAAUCGACACCACAAGUACCGGCAAUGGAAGUUCUUCUUUGCAGGGGACAGUGGUUGCUAUCUAUGAAAUCGGCUGCUUUUUCGGUGCUAUUAUCUGUAUGCUUGUUGGGGAAAGAAUCGGUCGACGAAUGUGCAUCUUGAUUGGCAGUGCAGUUCUGAGCGUUGGCGCUGCUCUCCAAGCCACGUCGUAUGGCAUUCCCCAGAUGAUCGUCGGGCGAAUUGUGGCUGGUAUUGGCAAUGGCAUGAACACGAGUACUAUUCCCGUCUGGCAUUCCGAGUUGAUGAAGGCAAGUAGUCGAGGAAAAGGUCUUUGCAUUGAGCUAGCCAUCAACAUCUUUGGAGUCGCUCUUUCAUACUGGGUCGACUAUGGAAUGAGCUUCGUAGACAACGAUGCCCAAUUUCGCUUUCCCAUUGCCUUUCAGGUUUUCUUCGCUGUGCUCACUUUCGCUGGUAUUCUGGUACUCCCGGAGUCGCCGAGAUGGCUUGUCGCCCAUGACCGUCACGAUGAGGCAAAACAAAUACUGUGGUCUAUUCAGCCAAAUGCCGAAGAAAUCGACAUCGAUGACCCAAAGUUAAACCGGGAUAUCUCGGAAAUAGUAUACGCCAUUCAGGAAGAACGCGAGGCUGCCUCUGGAGGAAGUUUCAGAACCAUGCUCAAGAAUGGCGAACAGAAAUUCCUGUAUCGAACGCUUCUGGGCAUUGGCGGACAGUUUAUGCAACAAAUAUCGGGUAUAAAUCUUAUCACAUAUUACGCACCUGUCAUUUUCGAGGAAUCUGUUGGCCUUUCACAUAACCUGUCUCUUCUUCUUGCCGGAUUCAAUGGAAUUGCUUACUUUCUUUCCUCACUGGUACCUAUCUGGGUUAUCGACAGACUGGGUCGUCGAAAGCUCAUGCUUUUUGCUGCUGCCGGCCAGUGCGCUUGUAUGGCUAUCCUAGCUGGGACAGUGUCGAAUGGGGGCAAAUCAGCUGGUAUUGUCGCUUCUGUGAUGCUCUUCCUCUUCAACUUUUUCUUUGCGGUUGGCCUUCUGGCCAUUCCAUGGCUCUUGCCUGCCGAGUACGCCCCCCUGGCAAUCCGCACACGUGCUGCAGCUCUUGCUACCGCCUCCAACUGGAUCUUCACCUUCCUCGUCGUCGAGAUCACCCCCGUGAGCAUCAGGAAUAUUGGCUGGCAUACCUACGUCUAUUUUGCUGUUUUCAAUUUCUGCUUCCUUCCACUAAUCUACUUUUACUACCCUGAGACGCGGAACUUGUCGUUGGAAGACAUAGAUAAGCUGUUUACUGGAGACAAGAUUCUGCUUCACUGGAAGCCCAGUAUGGACGAAAGUGAGGGACCUGGUCCAUUGCCCGCUACAGAGAAGAAAUUGUAUGGCGAAUCGCUACAGGUGGAGUUUGUCAAGCACGAAAGCUAG